AACUGCUGAUACUUUCUUGAAUUUACGAAAGGUAUUCCUACUGUAAGAAGUGCUAUUUAAAUGUAAAACUGACUUUACAUAUAAAGAUAUGUAAUAAUUAAGAGUAUGCUCAAUAUCUUCAUAAAAUAUGCAAAUUGAUGUUGUGGUUUAGAAUUUCAAGUUUUAAUUCUCUAAAAAUUCAUUCUCAGAAUGGUUUUGGAUUUUGAUAUUAAAACAUUUUGUCAAAAUUUAAGAGCUACAAAGCCACCAUAUGAAUGCCCUGUAAAAACUUGUGGUAAAAUUUAUAAGAGUUUUCCCGGUAUUCAGUUUCACUUAUACAAUUAUGAUCAUGACAAUCCUCCUAUCCAACAUUCACCUUCAUCAAAAAUUAGAAAAAAGAAAGGGAAAUGGCAUCCACGUUCAAAUCGAAGAUCACCAUCUCCCUUGCAAAUUUCAUCAAGUCCACGAGAAAGUUUACAUUACAAUGAACCUCAAAAAGUUGUUGAAGUUGAUUUGAAUGGCCAUGUUCAUCAGUUAAAUAUUUGUGAACCUAUUGAUUUUGUGUUGCAUGAUGGAAAUGAGAAUGAAAAGAAAAAUGAUCAAAAACAAGAAAAAGUGGAAGUUAAACAUACCAAAGCUAAAGUUACUAAAUCUAGUAAGCAUUCUGAGAUUUCAAAAAAGCAAAAAGAACCACCAAGCAGUGCUCCAAAACUCCCUGAAGCAUCAUAUCGUAUCAUACCAGAUUAUAAUGCUCCAGAUGCACCACCAAUGCCCACAGCUUAUUAUCGUUUUAUUGAGAAAUCAUUGGAAGAGUUAGAUGAAGAUGUAGAAUAUGAUAUGGAUGAGGAAGAUUGUGUAUGGUUAGAGAUAAUGAAUGAUAGACGUAAAAAAGAUGAUUUAACUGAAGUGUCUGCUGAUACAUUUGAACUUUUAAUGGACCGUCUUGAAAAGGAGUCUUAUUUCCAAAGUCAGACAACAGGUAAAGAUCCAAAUCCAUCUAUUGAUGAAGAUGCUGUUUGUUGCAUAUGUAAUGAUGGUGAAUGUCAGAAUUCUAAUGCUAUUCUUUUUUGUGAUAUGUGUAAUUUAGCUGUACAUCAAGAAUGUUAUGGUGUACCAUAUAUACCUGAAGGACAGUGGCUAUGUAGAAGAUGUCUUCAAUCACCAUCACGAGCUGUUGAUUGCGUUCUUUGUCCAAAUAAAGGAGGUGCAUUUAAACAAACCGAUGAUGGUAGGUGGGCACAUGUUGUUUGUGCAUUGUGGAUACCUGAAGUUUGUUUUGCUAACACAGUGUUUCUAGAGCCUUUGGACAGCAUUGAAAACAUACCACCUGCACGAUGGAAAUUAUCUUGUUAUAUAUGUAAACAAAGAAGUGUAGGUGCUUGUAUUCAAUGUCACAAGGCUAAUUGUUACACUGCUUUCCAUGUUACAUGUGCCCAACAGGCUGGAUUAUAUAUGCGCAUGGAAGCUGUAAGGGAAAAUAAUGCGAAUGGAACAUCUUAUAAUGUACGUAAGACCGCAUAUUGUGAUGUGCAUGCCCCUGCUGAUAUGGAUACUAACCAAGAUGAUGACAGUGGUAAAACUGAUACUUUCAAAAAAGCAAAAGCAAAAGCUAAGUCACGGGAGAAAAUGAGAAAAGCAAGAAAAAUUCUGGCAGAGAAAAGGACUGCUGUCCCAAUUGUUUCUCUUCCUACAAUACCACCAGAGAGGUUGACCAAAAUAGCGAGUAUGGUUUCAAUGCCAAAGAAGCAGGCAUUUUUGGAUAGAUUACUUGCAUACUGGAUAUUAAAAAGGCAGUCUAGAAAUGGAGUUCCUUUGUUGAGAAGAUUGCAGACUACUCAGUCUUCUCGCAGAGAUCCUGAUUUGGAUAAAGAAGGGGCAUCUUUAGGAGAACAGCUUCAAUACUGGCAAAAGUUAAGACAGGAUUUAGAGAGAGCUAGAUUAUUAGUUGAAUUAAUUCGUAAAAGAGAAAAGUUGAAGCGAGAAUAUAUUAGAGCUCACCAGCUUACAACAGAAAUGGAACUGCAACCAUUAAUUAUCAAACUGCGUGAAGUUAUACAACAGUUACAAGAGCGUGAUGCUGGUGAAAUUUUUGCCAGGCCUGUGGAUUUAGUAGAAGUCCCUGAUUAUUUAGAUUAUAUAAAACAGCCUAUGGAUUUAUCAACUAUGAUGAAAAAAGUAGAAGCUUAUGAGUAUGAUAGUUUUGACAGCUUAGAAAGUGAUUUUAAUUUGAUGAUAAAAAACUGCUUGUCAUAUAAUUCAAAAGAUACUGUGUUUUAUAGAGCUGCAUUAAAAAUGAGAGAGCAAGGUGGUUUUGUUUUACGAGAGGCUAGGAAAUAUAUAAAUGCCAACUUUGAUUUCAAAACUGGCUUGUAUCGUGAUCAAACAACGCAAGUAGAAGAUAGCCCAAAGAAUUCUGAAGUUGAAGACGUUAAAGAUGAUCUUUCUGUUUGUCUUGAAAAACAACUGGAGAGGCUUUUGCACAAAUUGGAUGAGACUUAUAAAAUGAAAGUUGGGGUUUCUCGUACUAAGCGAGCCAAACGGCUCCGCUCUGAAAUAAAUAUAUUACGACGAAAGAUUUCAUUGCAUAAUGCCAGACAGCGGAAGAAAAAUCGUCGAAUUUUUUCAAAUGAUCAAGAAAAUGUAAAUGCUGUUGAUAAUAAGAAUUUGGUCCAUGUUGAAAGUGCUGUACAAAAUAUAAAUCGAACACGAACAAAAAUAAAACAAGAUGAUUUGCAGCUCAUUCCAGAAUCUAAGCAAGAUACGACGCGAACAAAAUGUGAUUUUAAAGAUGAUAAGAUAAAAAAUGAAAAUGAUAUUAUUACUAGCAGUCGAUUAAGAUCAAAAAAUAAAGAUGUAGAAUUAGAAGUAAAAUCUGUACCAUCUGAAAGUAAAAUCUGAUGUGCUAGCCCUAGGAAUCUGACAAGAAACAGAUUGAAAAAUCGAGACAUAUCCAUUGAAAAGGAUGAAAAACCAGAAAUUCAGAAUAAAUUAGAUGAAUCUCCCACAACUGUAGUUACACAACCUGCAUCUAGAGCUAGGACUAGAGGUAAAGAUCUUGUUGUUGAAGCUAAUGAUGCUAAUUUAUCACGCACACGAAAUAUCAAAGUUAAAGAGGAGUAUUCAACUGUUAAAGAUAAAAAAAUUAUGCGAAUGCCAUUAAGAAGAGCAGUAAAAGAAGGAUCUGUUCAAAACAGUCAUUUGACUGAUACUGAAGAUGAUGAAAAGGUUAAUUCACACGUAAUUACAUCACUCCCCAAAGCAAUUUUUCAUGGUAGAAAUCUCAGAAACCAUACGUCUGAAUCUGGAGAUGAACAUACUGAUAUCACUCCUCGACUUGGUAGACCACCAAGAAAGUGUCAAAAAGUGUUACAGAAAUCACCUAGUGCUAAGACUAAAACACUAUCUCCUCCACCCCCUUCAUUAUCAAAAUCGCCAAAAGUGUCUUCUAAUUCUGAAACUUCAUCUCCAAAUUUAAAGUCUCAAAAAGUUGCUACUGUAACUUCAUCUCCAAAAUCUUUAAAAAGUGCUUCUCCUCCAGUUUUAAAACCUCAGAUUUCAGUAACAAAUCAGAAUGAUAGUCAAAUGGAAACCACAUCUAAAAACGGAGACAGUGUAACUCAAAGACCUGUAAUAUCAAGAACACGUCGUUCUAUAAUGACUAGAAGAGAGAGUAUGAAAGAACUGAGUUCAGAAGCUAGUGAACCAGAAACAGAUAAAUCAUCAGAACUCAAAGAACGAGAGACUCGUAGUAAAAGUGCAAGAGCACAGAGCCGAUCUCAGUCAGAAAGUGAUGCUAUUAUGGUUACUAAAAAGGGUCCAAAGAAAAGUAGAUCCACAAGUCUAUCAGUUGAAGGAGAAUUAUCAAAAAAGAAAUCUAUGGCACUAAACAGCUCUGUUUCUGUUUGUCUGAACCCUUUUCCGGCGUCUCUUCUUCCUCAAACUGACAGUUUUAAAGUAUAUAGAUCUAACAACCAAGAUCAUGGCACAGAUUCUGAUAAUAAUACUGAAUCAAGUAGUGCUUCAACACCUAGCAGUAGUAGUUCUAGUUCUGAAGGACAAUCAGAUAGUGAAAGUGAGAAAGAAGGUCAAAAAGCAACUGCAAGGAAAGAGAAAGCACGUACUUCAUUAGAAUUUAAUGCUGAAGAACAGCAACAUCUCAUCCAGUUGCAGCCAUUAGAUUUAGUGUGGGCAAAAUGCCGUGGAUAUCCAUGGUACCCUGCGCUAAUCAUAAGCCCAAACAUGCCAAAUUCUGGAUAUUUCCAUAAUGGCGUACCCAUUCCUGUACCACCUGAAGAUGUACUUGCAUUGAAAAAUAAUUAUGAAGACAAUGUAUAUUUAGUAUUAUUUUUUGACACAAAAAGGACUUGGCAGUGGCUUCCACGAAAUAAACUGGAACCUCUGGGUGUAGAUUCUAAAUUGGAUAAAGCCAGACUUGUGGAAUCAAAAAAAGCUGCUGAAAGAAAAGCAGUGAAAAAAGCUUUUGAAAAUGCCAUUUUGCAUAGAUGUAGAGUGACUGGUGAAUCAACUAUUAUAUCAAAUGAAUCUGAGGAUGAGAACUAAGUAUUUGUUCCUUUACAUAUUGAUGUAAAUAAAGUGUAUUUAUAGUUUUAAUUUCACCUGAAAAUAGUUAAAAGAAAACUUUGUACAUAUCUUGUAUAUAGGCAUUUGUGCCAAAACACAAAUUUAGGGAAAAAACAUGUACUCUUGUAUAUAGCUACUAUGUCUUUGACAGUUGAUCUCUCGAAACCAUAAGUUCUUUCAACUAUUUUGCAAUGUAAUUUCUGUACAUUUAAAAUGUAUUCUGAUACUGGCUGAUUCAUUCAAUUGAGGUCUUUACAAACCCAUGUUAUAGUUUUCUGAAAAAUUCUCAGAGUAUAUAAUUUAAAUCGCCAGUUAUAUAUUCAACAGAGGAAUAUUGAUACACAGACAUCAUGUGGCCAACAGAUAGCAAUUAGAUUUCUUUCCACUGUUCUGCCAUAUGUACUUGUAAUCUGCUUCAUUGCUGUUGCCCUGCAUAAUGCAUGGACUUGCUGAUUCAGCAUUUUGUUCAGUCCAUCAAAUCUUAUUCUUUCUGUUCAAGAAUUGGAAGAUGAUCUUCAGAAACUGAAAGCAGAAGCUGAAAUUCUUAUAAAAGAUCAAGAGGCUGUGAAACAUGAACUUGAUAAUGAAAUGCAAAUCAUUUGUAAAAAACUGCCAGAUAUGCAAGAGAGAACUGGAUAUAGUACAAAUGAUGCAAACGCUGCAUGUUCUAUUUUCAAAAGUCGUGUUCAGUUACAUUAUGGCUAAAAUGUUUCAGACCAUUUUUUAAAAAAAUAAAUUUAAAUGUUUUAUGAACUGAACUAGAACCAGACAUAAUAUUCUGUUAGAUAUAUCCAUAUAUGCUUAUCACAAGAUGCAGAUUUUAAAAGCAUAAUCUCUUGUUAUUUGAAAUAUGUUCACAUUAUUAUUUGUCAUAAUAAAAUUGCACAUCUGUAACUCUGUUACUUAACUUUUACAUUGGGCUGCAAUCUUUUUCAUAUUAUUUUAUUUUAAUGGUUAUUUUUGUCAAAGGUUUGCUAUGUUUUGCACAUGCAGCAGCUUCAUAAAUAUGCAUUUACCAAACAGUUGAAAUAAUAGUGAGAUUUUAAUGUAUUUACUGAUUGUAAUUCUUUGAUAUUGAGCACAUAUGCAAUUUUGUAUUUUCUCAGUUUUCUGACAGUGCAGAUCUGAAUAAAGUAUUGAAGCUUAAGACAA